UAUAAGAGUAAGACAAAAACUACAAACAUAUACAAAACCCAAAGCAUUGGUGAAAAAUUUGUACUCGCACAGCAAUUUGCAAUAAAAUAAUCCGAGCAUAGUUUUUUCGGAUUCCACAGAGAAGUGUAGUGAUUAUUAAUCUCUUUUAUUCAACCAUAAAUACCAACAAUCAAUAUGAACUCAGAUUGUCUCUGUCAACCACAAUGGGUGCUCUCAACUUGGAAGAAUGUCCACUGAAAUUUCAUUUCAUUCCUUAUCCUGCACCUGGCCAUAUGAUUCCUCUUUGCGACAUAGCUACACUCUUCGCCUCUUGCGGUCACCAUGUCACUAUCAUUACAACUCCUUCUAAUGCUCAAAUCCUUCUCAAAUCCAUCCCUUCCCACCACCACAUCCGUCUUCAUACUGUUCCGUUUCCUUCCUGCCAAGUAGGCCUCCCGCUCGCCGUUGAAAACCUUGCCUCUGUUAACAAUGUUGAGAAUUCCUACAAGGUUCACCAGGCUACCAUGUUGCUCCAAUUACCUAUCAGCCAAUUUGUGGAGCAAGAUGCACCAGACUGCAUCGUAGCAGAUUUUAUGUUCUUGUGGGUGGAUGAGCUGGCGAACAAGCUUCGUGUUCCUAGACUCGCCUUCAACGGUUUCUCCCUCUUUGCCAUAUGUGCCAUGGAAUCGCUCAAGACACAUAACUAUGAGUCGUCUGUCAUUAAGGGUCUUCCUCAAUGUAUCACCUUGAAUGCAACACCACCCAAGGCAUUGACCAAAUUUAUGGAACCGUUGCUGGAAACAGAGCUCAAAAGCUUCGGGCUCAUUGUCAACAACUUCACUGAACUUGACGGGGAAGAGUACGUCGAGCAUUACGAGAAAACCACAGGUCACAAAGCUUGGCACCUAGGACCAGUUUCUCUCAUUUGUAGGACCACUCAAGAAAAAGCGGAUAGGGGGCAAACGAGUGCGGUGAGCGUGCAUGAGUGCUUGAGUUGGCUAAAUUCAAAGCAGCCAAACUCAGUACUCUACAUAUGUUUUGGGAGCCUAUGUCAUUUCUCUGAUAAGCAGUUGUAUGAGAUUGCAAACGCAAUAGAAGCAUCAGGUCACCAGUUCAUCUGGGUUGUCCCCGAAAAGAAAGGGCAAGACGAGAGAAUUAACGGGGAUGAAAAGUGGAUGCCAAUGGGAUUUGAAGAGAGGAAUGCAGGGAUGAUCAUAAGGGGGUGGGCACCACAAGUGGUGAUUUUAGGCCACCCUUCAAUCGGUGCAUUCUUGACGCACUGCGGAUGGAACUCCACUGUAGAGGCUGUUAGUGCAGGGGUUCCAAUGAUCACGUGGCCGGUGCAUGAUGAACAAUUCUACAACGAGAAAUUAAUAACUCAGGUGCGAGGUAUUGGUGUAGAGGUGGGGGCAGAAGAGUGGAGCAUCAUUGGUUUCAUGGAGAGGAAGAAGUUAGUGGGUAGAGACAUCAUAGAGAAAGCUGUGAGAAGGUUGAUGGACGGUGGAAUUGAAGCGGAUGAAAUAAGACAUCGUGCACAAGAGUAUGCAGUAAAGGCCAAACGAGCUGUUCAAGAAGGUGGUUCGUCCCACAAAAAUUUAAUGGCCUUGAUUGAAGAUCUUAAACGGUGGAGGGGAUAUAAGCCAUUAGAUUCAUAAGGAUUUCAAGUUUUAAACAUCAUUAAUUAUCAUUGUUGCUAAACAUCAGAAAUUAAUGGCCAACGUGAGGCUAAGACCAACAAAAAAACAUUGUUGUAUUGCACUAACUGUGCAAAUGCCUGUUUGGAUUUACAUUUACAAAGAAUAAAUUAUGAUAUAGAUACUCUUUUUUU